GGCAGCCAAGGCCUGCUCAGGUCCCCUGCCUGGGAGAAGGGCUCAAGCUGCCUGGCCCAGAUCCGCAGGCCCCUGACCCAUCUGCUCUCUCCUUCUCUCCUGCAGGAUGAAGAUGAGACGCUACAAGCUCUUUCUCAUGUUCUGUAUGGCCGGCCUGUGCCUCAUCUCCUUCCUGCACUUCUUUAAGACCCUGUCCUACGUCACCUUCCCACGUGAACUGGCCUCUCUCAGUCCUAACCUCGUGUCCAACUUUUUCUGGAACAAUGCUCCUGUCACGCCCCAGGCCAGCCCCCAGCCGGAUGGCCCAGACCUGCUGCGCACCCCGCUCUACUCUCACUCGCCCUUGCUCCAGCCACUGUCCCCGAGCAAGGCCGCUGAGGAGCUCCACCGGAUGGACUUCGUGCUGCCCGAGGACACCACCGAGUACUUCGUCCGCACCAAAGCUGGGGGCGUCUGCUUCAAGCCAGGUACCAAGAUGUUGGAGAAGCCGCCCCCGGGGCGGCCGGAGGAAAAGCCAGAGGGCGGGGAUGGUUCCUCAGCCCGGGGCCCUGCUCGGCACCUACUGAGCACCAAGGAGCGGCUGGGGAGCCGAUCCGCGCGGCGCAAGUGGGUGGAGUGCGUGUGCCUGCCCGGCUGGCAUGGGCCCAGCUGCGGGGUGCCCACUGUGGUGCAGUACUCGAACCUGCCCACCAAGGAGCGGCUGGUGCCCCGGGAGGUGCCACGGCGGGUCAUCAAUGCCAUCAACAUCAACCACGAGUUCGACCUUUUGGACGUGCGCUUCCAUGAGCUGGGCGACGUGGUGGAUGCCUUCGUGGUGUGCGAGUCCAACUUCACUGCCUAUGGCGAGCCGCGGCCGCUGAAGUUCCGGGAGAUGCUGACCAACGGCACCUUCGAGUACAUCCGGCACAAGGUGCUUUACGUCUUCCUGGACCACUUCCCGCUAGGGGGGCGGCAGGACGGCUGGAUCGCCGACGACUACCUGCGCACCUUCCUGACGCAGGACGGCGUGUCCCGGCUGCGCAACCUGCGGCCCGACGAUGUCUUCAUCAUCGAUGACGCCGAUGAGAUCCCCGCCCACGACGGCGUCCUCUUCCUCAAGCUCUACGAUGGCUGGACGGAGCCCUUCGCCUUCCACAUGCGCAAGUCGCUCUACGGCUUCUUCUGGAAGCAGCCGGGCACCCUGGAGGUGGUGUCGGGCUGCACUGUGGACAUGCUGCAGACGGUCUACGGGCUGGACGGCAUCCGCCUGCGCCGCCGCCAGUACUACACCAUGCCCAACUUCCGGCAGUACGAGAACCGUACGGGCCACAUCCUGGUGCAGUGGUCGCUGGGCAGCCCGCUGCACUUCGCCGGCUGGCACUGCUCCUGGUGCUUCACCCCCGAGGGCAUCUACUUCAAGCUCGUGUCUGCCCAGAAUGGCGACUUCCCCCGCUGGGGAGACUAUGAGGACAAGCGGGACCUCAACUAUAUCCGGAGCCUGAUCCGCACCGGCGGCUGGUUUGAUGGCACGCAGCAAGAGUACCCACCAGCCGAUCCCAGUGAACACAUGUACGCCCCUAAGUACCUGCUCAAGAACUACAAACGGUUCCGCUACCUGCUGGAAAACCCCUACCAGGAGCCCAGGAGUACCGCGGCAGGCGGCCGGGGGAACAAGGAUGCUGAGGGCAGGCCGCCAGCCAGGGGCGAGUUGGACACGGUUGAAGGCUAGGGCUGCAUGAUCCCGUGGUGGGUGAGGGUGGCAGCCGCCCCGAGUAUUAUCUUCCUGCCUGCUUCUGCCGUCUCUGGUGGUUCUUGAGAGGACCAGGAGUGAGUGGGUGGGUGCGUGGGGGUCUUCUCCACUCAAGCCCUCCUGAAUUAAGGGUCAGGCCUCCAAGCUCAACAGCAUGCUUCCUGAUCAGGAGAGGGGGGCAGGCCCAGACGUCUGCCCGGUCCUUUUUCCUGCCAGGAGUGCUGUGGCCAAGAGGUGCCAAUGGAGAGUGCAUGAUUGGUCCUGGGAGCAGGGGAGGGCAGGCAGGGUGGGGAAGGGAGUGUGCCGGAACUCACCGGGCCACAGUGUGGGAGCUGGAGCCCCAGCGGAGAGAAGCCAGCCAUUGGGCAUCCAGAAGCUUUGGAGCUGCAGUGGGAAAGGGGUGCCAGGAGGUCUUGGGGCUCUGGACAUGGAUGCAUUUGGGUCCAGGAGGAAGAGGGGACAG